AUGCCAAUUUCUUUUGUGUUUGUUCCCAGUGAUGCUUGCACGAAGUCAGUCUUUUUUUUUUUUCUUUGUGUGUGUGUUUGUUUCUCUCUGCCUGUGAUUGAUUUCCGUUACUGGUGGCUGUGGUGUGUCUGUUGCGGCGCUGAUGCCGCCCGCAUGCGUCUGUGUGCUGCAUCUUUGCUGGAGUCGUUGUUUUAUUUCCCUCCUUCCCACUUUAUUGAGCGUAGUGCACUGGAGUUUUCGGUUUUUGGGGAGAUGACGGACUUUGCCGCAUUCCGCGAGUUCCAGGCGCGCUCUUCCAUCAUCGCGGAGAGGGAGCGCGCUGUCGACCUCCGCCGCAAGCUCCUGCAGGAGCUCACGCAAAACGUCCAGCAGCUCACAGAGGAAUGCAAGCGGCGGGACGAGCAGCUGCAGCAGGAGCGUCUCCGCUUCGCUCAGCGCAAGGCCGCGCAGGAUGAAAAGGUGAAUGCGAAGGAGGCGCAGGGGCAGGCGCAGCGCGAGCGUGUCGCCGCGUUGGAUGUCGAGGAGACACGUCUGCGCACGGCCAUUGCGGAGCGUGAGGAAGAGAUGCAGCGGGUGCACGAGGAAUUGGCGCAGCGGCAGUCGCUGACCUCAAAGCUGCGGGAGGCAAAGGAGGGACUCACGAACCUCAAAUGUCAACUGGAGGAGUGGGACGCGAAGGUGAUGAAGUUAGAGACACGCAUUGCGAAGAUGGAAAUGGUCGUAGAGAAGCGGCACAACGUCAUUGCGGAGCGGCUGCCAAAAUACGACAUGCCGCGUAUAGAAGCAGAUCGCGGAAACAAUCUUGAGGAAACUGCGGGUGAGAGUAUUCUUCUCAUCGAUGAGUUUAAUCCGUGA